AUGUCAGGCCAAGGAGGAAUCGGCAAGAGCGGCAAUUCACGCCCGAACGCACCAAAUCGUCAUGAAAAACUUCGAGACAUGGAGGAGGCAGCGGUGAACGGGUCACUCCAUCACCAAAAAACUCAAUCUGCAAUGCAGCAGGCGUCUGUGUCCCAGCCCAAUAAAAAUGUGCAGGAACCCAUGGACGAAACUCCGGACCAAGCGCAGUUUGAUGAACACGAAGCUUCCAGUGGUGGUACACAAGUAUACAACAGCCAGGCGGUCAUGCCGUCCAUAGAGACGGACAGAAUUCCGCUGAAGCUCAUCAACAUGAAGGACGCCCUUCACAAGCCAGAGUGGACCAACCAAGUCAAGAAGUCUCUGGACUGA